CUUCACUUGUGCUUGAAAUAAGCCUUGCUAUAUUGUGCACAAUAUUGGUGCUCAUAUAACUAUGCACCGUCAGCCUACCACAAAACCUACUUUAAUAUUACUAGCAUUACUACCAUACUUUAGUCCUCAAGACUGCAGGAAAAAUGCUUCUAGAUGUCAAUAUUCCUGUUCCAUGAACCGGUUAUAGUUACUACUAAUCGUGUUUUCUCUUCUGAAUUCUUUAGCAAAAGGUUUCUCAAUCUCUCUCUCUCUCGCUCCCUCUUCAUUUCAUUAAUACCAAGUUAUUUCACAAUAACUCCAAACAGUGUCAAUUCCAGCUUCAAUUUCUCAGCUCCGCAGUUGAGAAAUUCAGCCCGGGGAAAGCGGGAUCGCGGCUUAAAAAAUUGCCGUUCGGUCGGAGGGGCGCGACGUUUUUUCCAGAGGAAUUAGCUCGCCCCCGCCCUCCUCCCAAAAUAAAAAUACUCUGAGGAAGGCAACGGUGGCUCCCGAGUAAGCCCAGCGAUCGGAAGACUUGGGGAAACCAGGCACCUCUUUUUUCCAAUCUUCGGGGUGCGAGACAGAGAGAGAGAGAAGAAAGGGGGGGGGGGGUGAACCGAGAACGGGGCAGGCGAAGAAGCUUCGAAGAACCGCGACGCACGCAGGAGGCAGAAGGAGAAACCAAGCCGCUGAGCCGGGCUCUUCCUUCCGCGUCAGGGCGGAGAGCGAGAGGGAGGAGCCGGGUAGGCAGCGCGUUGCUCCUGCCGGCCUCCAGGAGGGACCAACAAGGAGGAGAUUCUCCAACAAUUUGGAAAACGCACAAGAAAAUGACCGUGCUGCUAAUUGAAGCUUUUUAUGGAGGUUCACAUAAGCAGCUCAUGGAUCUUCUCCAGGAAGAAAUAGGAGACUGCAUCCUUUUUACUCUUCCGGCAAAGAAAUGGCACUGGAGGGCAAGGACUGCAGCUCUCUACUUCAUGCAGAAUGUACCAGUCAGUGCUGAUUACAGGAUCCUCUUUGCAAGCUCGGUGCUUAACCUGACUGAACUGGUUGCCCUUCGGCCUGACCUUGGCAAAUUGAAAAAGAUCCUUUACUUCCACGAGAACCAAUUGACAUAUCCUGUCCAGAAAUGUCAGGAAAGGGACUUCCAAUAUGGGUAUAACCAGAUUCUAUCAUGCUUGGUUGCUGACAUUGUGGUUUUCAACUCUGCCUACAAUAUGGAGUCAUUUCUAACAUCAAUUGGGAAAUUUAUGAAAUUGAUGCCUGAUCACAGGCCUAAACAUCUGGAAAAGCUAAUCAGGCCAAAAUGCCAAGUCCUUUACUUUCCAAUAAAGUUCCCAGAUGUGAGCAGGUUUAUGCUAAAAAAAACACUGUCCCACACUAAAGAAGGGCUCCAUGCUAAAGGAAUUGGAGGUACAUCUUUACUUAUGGAAAUGCCUUUUCAAGAACAGAAAUGUGAAACUGCAAAUAUCAUCAACAUCAACAAUUUAGACCAAAGACCUGGACAUCAAAAAGUAGAGUCUGGAUAUUGUUGCCCCUGGCCAGAGAUACAGCAUCUUUGUCAAGGAGAAGAGAGCCAAUGUGCCACUCCUCUUGGUCACAAUGUGGGCAGUUUGAAAUAUCAGCAGAGGCCUUUGCACAUUGUUUGGCCUCACAGAUGGGAACAUGAUAAAGAUCCUGAAAGCUUCUUUAAAGUGCUGAUGAAAUUGAAAAAGAUGGAACUGAAUUUUCAUGUCUCUGUCCUUGGAGAAGCCUUCACUGAUGUUCCAGAUAUAUUUUCAGAGGCCAAAAAGACAUUGGAAUCAUCGGUCUUACAUUGGGGCUACUUACCCAGCAGGGAUGAUUAUUUCCAAGUUCUGUGCAUGGCUGAUGUGGUCAUCUCCACAGCUAAGCAUGAAUUCUUUGGUGUGGCAAUGAUAGAAGCGGUGCACUGUGGCUGUUACCCACUUUGUCCGAAUGCUUUGGUUUAUCCAGAAAUAUUUCCAGCUGAAUAUCUGUAUUCUACACCUGAACAGCUUAUUAAAAGGCUUCAGAAUUUCUGCAAGAGGCCAGAGAUUGUAAGGAAACAUCUCUAUAAGGGUGAAACAUCUCAGUUUUCUUGGGCAGCGCUCCAUGAUAAAUUCAGGUCUCUCCUCACAACAGAACCCAGGGAAGAUUUGUGACAGAUGGGGCGAAGUCACAAACUUGCAGCCGAAAGCAAAAUGGGGAGAACUUUCCAGUGUGUGUGUGUGAGUCCAUAUUUACCUGAUCAGAGCAAAAGAAGCAGAGGAAGCUCAGCCUGGCUGCUUGUCAUAGCUGACACAGAGCCAUCUGCCACAAACCUGUGGCGGCUUCAGAUCUCCAAUCCCUGCCACCACUCCGGCUCAAAUUAAAUGCAGAUUCCCGGAGACGUUACGAUGGUUACACAUGUCCUCAGCAUCACAGGCAGGAGACUGAAAAAAUAAAUGUGGCCUGUUGUAUAACUAUGCUCAUGUAUCCCAUAUGUGGUGCCACAUUGAAUUUCCGGUGGAAUUAGUUUCUGUCCUUUGUACUGGAUGACACGGAGCCUGCGUGCUUUCCCUUGGCCGACGUGAUGGCAGCCAAGAUUGCAACUUCAAACAUUUGCUCAAUGGCCAGCUUUCAAUACCUAGACUGCCUGGUUAUCCUUGCAGCGUAGUUGUCGCGUCCUCCAAGGGCCACAGGGUCUCAAAGGAGGACCGCUGCCCUCUCUCCAACCCACCCACCCUGUCUAAUUGGGCAGAUCUCUAGGAAUUAUGGGGAGGUGAAGGCUGUUUUUUGUUUUUGUUUUUUGCACUUCUUUCCACCAUCUCUUCCUCCUCUUCUCCACCCCCCCCCCCCGCUUUCCUCCUUUUGAAAAUUAAUGACUCCAUGGCACUGGGGCUUUUAAGUGAAGGUAUUAAUAAGGGGGUCUGGCAGGUGAUCCACAAUUCCCAGAGUUGCAUUUGCAUUUAAUUAAUCUUAAAGAAAGCGGCAAGAUAAACAGCUGUAAUUCAAACUAGCAUGGGAAAUAUGCUAUAUGGUGCCAUCUAUCCAAUGAAACGAAAGGUUGGAGACUUUUUUUUCUCUCUCUCUCUCAAGGCCAGUGAACAGCGGACAUCACAAUUGUUCCAUGGGGGCAAAAUACAGAUAUUUGUGGGGUCCCCCCCUUUGUUAUGGCCUGUUUUGUUAUUAAGUAGAAGGGAUGGGAAUGAGAAAUUGGUACUCCAACUUGCAAAUGGGAGCUUUUCAUUAUAAAUUGAUUGUACUUUGAACAAUGAUAGAGCAACUGCAUUUGUUGAUGUUAAAUGCUCCAAAAUUUCAAAUGUGCUAUAUCUUAUUUUUAAUAAAAGUACCCCUUGAAGUUU